ACGGGAGAGUUUGUUCCGUCCGCGCCGCCCGCCCGUCGGGUACCCGAAGUACCCGCCCGCGUCCCCGUGUGUUGUGUUGUGAGUUGGCCAUCCUGUUUGUGGGUACCACACAUCGGCCCCAGUACCCAGUUUGUGUCAUGUGAUGCGUCUCUGACCCCACAGGCGUUACCUACCUGGGCUCCGCGUCGCUUUGCGUAUCGUUCGCGCCAUGUUGUGCUGCCCGAUUGGCGGCUAGGUGCAAACACAGCAGCGUUUCUUCGCCACCAGCGUCGCGGUCGCGGCAGACGUCCCGCGCGCGAGCAGGCCUCCGAGUGCCUCGUCCCCGUGUGUCGUGAGUGUGUGGUGCGCAGUGCAGUGCCGACGACAGCGUCAACCGGACCCCCAGGAUGUCGCUGACGGACUCGGACGCCCCCAACGGGCACAACGGCAUGGACUCGGACUCGGGCGCCUUCGCCCCGCGGCUGUGCCAUAUCGUCAAGUGGGCGCACUUCGACGGCUACGGCUUCAACCUGCACGCCGAGAAGGGCAAGCCCGGCCAGAUCAUCGGCAAGGUGGACGAGGGCUCCCCCGCCGAGGCGGCCGGCCUCCGGGAGGGCGACCGCAUCGUCGAGGUGAACGGCGUCAACAUCGCCAACGAGAACCACAAGCAGGUGGUGCAGCGCAUCAAGGCGGUGGACGACGAGACCAAGCUGCUGGUGGUGGACGCGGAGGCGGACAAGUACCUGAAGGCCCACGACAUAGUGAUCAAAAGUAACCUCCCCAGUGUGGUGCACCUCAAGACCCCGCCCUCGCCCGCAGGGACGCCGGCGCCAGCCUCGCCCAACGUCAACGACGUCAACGGCCAGGCCGACACCCCUUCCAGCGGACGCAAGAACAGCCUGAGGAGUUCGCAGUCGAGCCCCGAGCCCGAGCAGCAGGGAUCACAGGGCGACAGUGGGCACAGCAGUGCCAACGGGACCCUGGAGAGGAAGAACAACACCCUGAACCUCAACAUGACGGCCGCGGAGUUCCGCGCCCAGCUCGCCUCGCGCAGGACCACCAAGAACGAGGUGAAGAAGGACUCGAUCGACUUCAAGCAGAAGUCCGACAUCAUCCAGAAGCUCUGAGCCGCGGGCCGCGCAAGCCCUGCGCUGUCUGGUGUCUUGCUGCGUCUGGCUGCGUGGCUCUGGACAUGACAUAGCGUCUGCCCCCGGCCUGCUCUGCUCAGUGCGCGCAGUGCGCUCAGCCCCGAACUGCUCACAGUAUUACCCGUCUGCAUUUUCGCACCAUUGUUACCUUGUUGACUGAGGCGUUCGCUCUGAGCGACCCCCAGUUUGUUCUUACAUCACCGAGGGAAGAAGUAUCAGUCACAUUGUAGCGCCUGUCGAGUGUUAGUCUUUUCUUUGCAUGGCUCAUUUUCCUAGUUGGUAAGCGAAGCUAUUUUUAUGUCGCCUAAAAGUAUUGACGUUAAAAACUUGUGGCGAUUGGUGAAUGCCUUGUUGGCAUUGUGGCGGAAUGACUCUGUUUGUUAGUUAGUCUCAUGCGCAUCGUUUGUGCAGAAAUUUUGUGCAUGUGUGGAAACCUCAUCAAGCAGCAUUUAUUUGUCUGCGUUUGAAAAGAAGCGGAGAAAGGAUAUCUGUGUAUAGGUUACUCCAACUUCCAUUAAUCAUUCAUGUUUACGUUUUAUUUUAGAUACAUAUUCUUGUGUUUGUUUAAAAUAGUUCACAGAAAAAGUAUUCUUCUGUUCUCGAGUCAGUAUUGCGUACUAUGUUAAUUUGGUGAUUGUCGAUAGAUUACCCACUUCAUCCAUUGUACAUCACAUGAUAUUUGAUGUAACCAGAAACAUCACGGUUUUCUGCAGAUGUGCUCAACAGCUGCCGCACUAUGAAGCUAGGACUGAGGUGCGGGUUAGCACAUAAGUGCCAAACCAUAUUAGUUUUUAAGACUGUUUGUAAAUAGACCUUCCAUAUGGGUUCAUUAGAAUGGUAAUUGGAUUAUAACAACUCUUCAUUUUCUCUUGUUCCCUAGCUUUGCUUGGAGAUGCUUAGUGCACAUUCCAGUUUUUCUUUGUGAUAAAUUGUUGCUAAGUUAGCUCAUUGCUUGAAGAGAAGCACCUUACUUAAUUGUGUUAGAGCGUCUCAUUCUCAAUUGUCUUGGGUUUUUACUAAUACUUCCCAAAGUAAGAUUUACUUUUGACUUCUGUUUUUUGUAGUCUGCACCUGUCCAGUUAUGCCAACUGCAUUAUAAAUGGUAAACCAAAUACUAAAAUUUUGGGAUUUAAAAAAAUGGUUAAAAUUUGUUGUUUGUUGUAUUAAGUUUUCCCAGUUGUGCAUGUUUGUGUGAAUUUUUUUUUAGCUUUGUCCUUUUUGUUACAUGUGCCUUAUCAAGGCAGCAUCUAGAGAAUUACUCAAAUAAACUGUUUGUUUUACUGGGUUA